CCAGCUGUUGGCCCUUCAGUGCAGGCCGGCGGCUGAGGGGAUCGGGCAGGAGAGCAAAGACGAGGCGAGAAGCCAGCCGAUAGAUAGAGGAAGGGGCCGAUGAUGAUGAGAGGAGGAGGAGGAGGAGAAGAAGAAGGGCCGACCCGUUCCAGCUGUGUUUCUGGGGCAAACCGAGCCGUGAGAACUUCUUCCCAUUGAAGAAUUUUCCACCGCACGGCAAGGGAACAAACAUUUUUUUACUCAGUAUCAGCUGUUUAUUUUUAACCAGCGGUAAGGCAAACGCCGCAGCUUGUAACUUGUGACAGACAAGAAUCGGCUCCUUUAUUUUUAAUUUUUUUCCCUGUGCAUCAAAAGCCUCGUGGCGUUUUCAAAAAACCCGAAAGCAUGAGCGCAGACAACUCCACCCUGUGGGACCACUUGUUUGCUCCACCUGUGUGCGACGGCUGGAGCAACAACACGGAGGGGGCCCUCUACCAUCUGGGCAACACCAUCCUGUUCCUGGGCUACAUGGGAGGCAGCGGGGCCUUCGGGGCCCUCUUCAUCUUCGGCUUCCUGUCCCCGGCCUUCCUCUGCCUCGCCCUGUGGGGCUGGCUGACCAUGUGCGGCGCGGACGUCUUCUCCUGGAACGUCCUGCUGCUGGCGGCCUCCCUGCUGCAGAUCGGCCACCUCCUCUACCGGCUUCACCAGGAGGGCAUCCGCGGCGAGGAGCUGACCUCCCUCUACCAGGCCGUCUACCUGCCGCUGGGCGUGCCCGUCCAGGUGUUCAAAGACGUGGCGAAGGGUUUUGAAAACAAGGCGGUGGAGCUGAAGGCCGGAGAGACGUACGCCGUGGAGGGCAAGACGUACAUCGACCAGCUCUCCUUUCUGCUGUCUGGGAGGAUCAAUGUCUCUUUGGAGGGUCAGUUCCUGCAUUACAUUCACCGCCACCAGUUCCUCGACUCUCCCGAGUGGGAGUCUCUCAGACCAAACGAAGAGGGAAAGUUCCAGGUGACACUGACAGCAGAAGAAGACUCCCGCUACGUCUCAUGGAGUCGCCGGCGUCUCUACACGAUGAUGUCAAAGGACCGCUACGUUGCCCGCCUCUUCUCUCUCAUGCUCGGCUACGACAUUUCUGAAAAGCUGUAUAACCUCAACAACAAGCUCUACAUAAAGAGCGGCGUGCUGCUGGACAUCCGCCUGCCGAGCCUCUACCACGUCCUGGCACCCUCCUCGCAGGGCAGCGAAGGCGGCAGCGGCAGCGACAGCGGCGUUACCAAAGAACAACAGAGCCGAGACCUAGAACCAGCCUAUCAGAUGUCAAACCCCGGACCGUCUCAGUCCCUGAUGCCCGAUCAGCAGGGGCCACGGACAACUGGGAGCAAUGUGCUCCCCGAGCAUGGCCCCUGUCAGCGCCCCUGGGCAUCAGACCCGGAGAUGCCAUCUGGUGAGGAUUCCACUAGCCUGGUCCUGGAGGACUUUGCUGACGUGGCGGGCUCCUUAAUGGACUAUGGCAGUGAGAAAGAUUAUUUAAGGUAGUGAGGCAGGGUGCUGGAGCUAACACACUGGGUCACCACUUAAGCUACAUGAGGUGAUGGUGAUGGGAAUGUACCACCUCGAUUCCAGAGACGCAGAGCUCCGCUGGCUCCCACCGACACCCCGAAGCUGUGAAGCUAGCUUCCUCCAUGCACACCGCGGUAUCUUCAGUACAGCAGAAUAACCAGACUGUUGCUCCGCCUUCUCCUCUCUGCUUUGCAGCUCCUAACACAUGCUGUCUUUGCUGUUUUGUGUCGCUUGGCUGAAUGACACUGCCAGCACUGACACACACAGUACUGUUCUGUCACAUUUUAAACAAAACUUUAAUCCAUUGAUGCCCUAUUUGGAUUUUUUAAAAUAUAACAUGCCAGUGAACUAUAUUUGUAAUGGUAGAGCAGCAUUGGUCGAUGUGUUUUUAAGUGGAUUUAACCGCCACUGGAUAAAAAGACAUUCUUUCCUCACUAAUAAGUCAGGCUAAUCUUUUUCUGUUUGAUUAGUUUGGAUCACAAAAUCAUUUCAGUUUGCCAAUACCAGAACAUCCAGAGAGAGAGAGUUCUGGUUGCUUUCUUUAAAGCCAGAAGUUAAUAUACUUUAAAAUAUCUGGGAAAGGCCAGUGGAUAAUGUCAUGGCUUUGUGAGCUUCUGAUCACAACAUUAAGGCCUGUCGAUGUGAUUCAGUGAACCAAUACAAACGAUCUAUGUCAUAUAAUGGGGACAAUUUCCAGAUGUCUGAAGCUGCCACAUUUAUCCAUUUUAAAUAAAAGAAAUGUUAGUAUAAACACUACAUGAAUGUCCAGCUAUCAUGCCGUUCACGAAGGAGAUGGAUUUUCUGUUCCAGGGAAGAACGAGGUUAGGUAUUAAAUGUGGGAAUCAGCUCCAGAACAAAAGCAAGACACCCAGUAGAGCCAAAACAGCUGAAAGACCACCCACAGAGGAAGAAAAUGUCACUUGCAAAGCAACAUAAAAGGACGCUUUAUAGUUUCCCAAAACAUUCUGAGACAAAAGUAUGGAAGAAAUAUAUUCUCAUUAGAAUCAGUGUUUUUCUGUUUUUAGAAAGUGAACUUGUAUGAGUAAGGUUUUAUCUGGUGAAAUUAUAAAUGUGAUUAUUUUAUUUACUUUGAACUUGCCAGCAAAAAUUCACCUUCAAAAAUGUUCCUGCACGUGUGUUGACCUUCUUAUGACUCAAGCCAAAACAAUCAGCCCUUUAUAAAUUUUAGCAGCUUUUAGCCAAUGAAGUUAAACUCAUUUGAUCACGCAACACCCCAGUGCAUUGUGUGCGUUUGGGAAACCAGUCUAUUACCAGUUAGCUACUAACCAGCUGUUUAGAGCCUCACCUUCAGCAGUUGAAUUUUUGAAGGUGAAAGUUUUGUUGGAAAAUUUAAGUUACCGUAUUUUUCGGACUAUGAGUCACACUUAUUUUUUCUUAGUUUGGCUGGUCCUGCAAUUUAUAAUCCGGUACAAUUUAAAUAUCGAAUUUAAAUUGUAAUCAUAUUGACCAGCAUGAACAAAGGAUUAAACAUUAUCGUCUAUAGCCGCAACAGGGCGCUUUAAGCUUGUGAAAACUAUAUGCUGCUCCUGUCCCACUUAGAAAUUAAAUAUAACAUUCAUUUAUAGACAACAAAGACUGAACACAUGUUUGUAUGUUGUUUCACUGUUUCAGUCUGCAUUCAUGCAGCUCAAAGGGCCCAGACCGCGACAGAACCCCGUUAUUGGGCUGUCAGUGGCGCUAAUAACAUCUAGCGCUAGCUAGCAGGGUUGAUGUUCGGGCGGUUAACAAUUCCCUGAUGAAUGUGAGCUUUAUGUUGCUCUCAAAAAUCUGGGCCGUACCGUUAGCUUAGCACGUAGCCCUGUUACGCUCGCGGUCUAAUUUCAGCGUAAUUUUUACAACUUUCAGCAUAAUGGUCCAUUACACAGAAAUGCGCUGGCGAGAAGCUCCCCGGUUGGAGUUGCUGGCUUGUUAUGCUAAUUUACUCCAUUCAACCUCCCAAGUAUGUUCCAUGUUAUUCAGCCUGUUGUGGAUGCAAUUGUGUAAUUGAAUACAUUGCUUUAUCAGAUUAAAUGGCAGUUUUUGGUUUUGGAUUUGAUUAAAUAAAUUUCUAAAUAAAUGUGACUUGUAGACGGGUGUGACUUAUA